AUGGGCGAUGCGGAUCCCGAGCCGCCAGUCCCCGAAGGGGAUGGUGAUGAGGCCGACGAGGAAGAUAAUGGCGAAGCCAGCGAGGAGGCAGAAGACCAGGAGGAAGAGACGGGUCCCGCCUCCCGCAAGUCACAGAAGCGCAAACUCAAGCAAGAACAGAAAGCCGAGUGGAAAGCAGCUCAAAAGGCAAAGCGGAAGCAGAAGCAGCAGGAGAAGCGGGGCAAACCAGGGGGCAGGCGAAAGGGACCUCCUUUGCCCCCGUUGACCGGUGGAAAGCCGAGUUCGCCGGAAGAGGUCAAGGAGGCGCGAGCUGCGAGGAAGGCCGCCGAGUUGGACGACUUCCGGGCGCGCGCCGCGCAGGGCGCCACGGUGGUCAUCGACCUGGAGUGGGAGGAUUCCAUGCAGCCGAAGGAGCUGAAAAGCCUCAUCCAGCAGGUCCUGUAUUGCUAUGGAGCGAACAGGCGAGCCGAGAAACCUGUCCGGUUGGUCUUCUCCGGCAUUGCACAAGGAAGCAAGACGCAUGCCGGGCUGAGCAAGCAGUCCGGUUACGAUGCGUGGGAGGUGCAAAAGCUGGAGGGAGAGUAUGUGGAGGCCUUCCCAAAGGACAAACUGGUCUACCUGACUGCAGAUGCCCAGAAGGUCCUCCAUAGCUUUGACCCCGAGAAGGUUUACGUCAUCGGCGGGAUCGUGGACAGGAACCGACUGAAGGGCCGGACGUUGGAGAAGGCGCAGACCCAGGACAUUGCCGCUGAGCAGCUUCCGCUCUCAGAGCACAUUGAGAUGGGAUCAUACAGCCGGGUUCUCACAGUGAACCACGUGCUGAACAUGAUCCUGGACUACCAGGCCACCAACGAUUGGCGCGGUGUUUGCGAGCGCUGCGUUCCGGGGAGGAAAGUGAUGACUACUGAGGGUGAAGUGGCAGAUGUCGAAGAUCUCCCCGGAAAAGGUGAGCCGGUGUCGCUGGAGUGA